CCACGUGGUCCGCAGCCAGAUGAUGGCGGGCGCUGCUGAAGAUUCGCGAGCUCUCUUCGGGGCUGCUGUCCGCACGGCGCUGGAGGCCUGGCCUGCCUUGCAGGUGAGCCGGGCCGCGGCUGGGACAAAGAUCGCUGUGGAGAAUGGCUUCGGGGGUGUGCACAGCCAGGAGAAGGCUGAGUGGCUGGGAGGUGCAGUGGAGGAAUACUUCUUCCGCAAUGCUGACUUGGAGCUAGAUGAGGUGGAGGACUUCCUCGGGGAGCUAAUGACAAACGAGUUUGAUACGGUUGUGGAGGACGGGAGUCUGCCCCAGGUGAGCCAGCAGCUACAGACCAUGUUCCACCACUUCCAGAGGGGUGAUAGGGCUGCUUUGAAGGAGAUGGCCUCUCUCAUCACCCAAAGAAAGUGCAAGGUCAGAGCCACUGCACUGACGACAGCCAGAGAGACUGAUGAGGAUGAUGAUGCAAACAGCGUGGAGGAGAUGGAGGUUGCAGCUACGAAUGAUGGGGCAGCUACAGAUGGGGUCUGCCCCCAGCCUGAACCCUCUGCUUCAGACUCCCAGAUGAUUAAGGAAGAGGAUAUAGUGGAGGAUGGUUGGACCAUUGUCCGGAGAAAGAAAUGAGUGGGGCUGGAAAUGGUCUGGGUCCUUGUUUGCUAGUUGUUUGGGGCUUGUUUGCAAGGGGGUUUUUGGAGGGUCGUGGAUCUCUGGACUGGUUACCCCAUCUCCACCCUCUCCCCAUUCCCCUGUCCAGCUCCUUCUAGGGGAAGAAGAGCCCAAGGGUCCUUGGUCUUGGGGUGGUCUGAGUGAAGAAGCCUGGUUUCCCAGCAAAGUGCCUCUUGGGUGCAGUCAGUGUGAAAGAGGGAGGGAUGAGUGGGUGUGGGAGUGACUGGAAGAGAAGGUAAACACUGGUUGAUAGUAGGUAGGUGGAUGUGUUAAGGGAGAGGACCAGCAGGAGAACCAGUAUAUCUGCUGGGUAAGGCUUGCACAUGGAAGAGAGAUUAGUUAAAGAUGUGAACGAAAAUAGCUGUGGUACCUCUCCCUCUCCCCUGCUUCCCCCUGCCCGCCCCUGCCCCCCCCCCCCAACACACACAGAGCAGCUCUAUGUCCCUGCCCAGAAAUUGGAAUUUCCCAGGAAUGCUCCCUUUCUGCAGCCCAGUGUCCAGCCUUGGGUUCUUCAGGAUGUCUAAGACCUUGUCUAGGUGGUGAGCUCAGGGGACCUGGGCUUUGUUUUCCGUCUCCUUCAACCUCUUUCCAAACUCCUCAUCCCAUCGAAGUCUCAUUGAGGCUUAAGACCUCAAUAAAUAAUACCUUAUUGUUUAAUUUGUGGCUUGACCCGUGAGUAGUCUUGGAAUCAGCCUUCUGGGAGCUGAGCUUCAGAGCUCAGCAAGGGAGCAGUUUCUGGGCCCACCCCGGCAGCCUGGUACUUUGGAAAAACAAACAGAUGGAAGAAUGGAGCAUAGCAGCGCUCUGAAAGUUUCUGUAAGC